CACCACCACCACCACCACCACUUUUGAUACUGCUGCUAAUAAUGCUACCAGCACCAGUGCUAGUAGUAACAGUGGUUACAGUAGUGGUUACAGUGGGCCAGAUAACAAUUCUGAUGCAGCACGUCCUAAGCCUACGCGUUCUAGCAGGCCACGCAAGGGAAAGACAAACAAACAGGCGGAGGGUAAAGGAAUAUUUACUUUUUUUAGAAACAACAGCAACAGCAACAACGGCACAACAGCAGCAAAGGAGUCGGUCUGAGCUGGAUCUCAUACAACCCUCCAUAACUACAACUACUACUUUUACUUCGAGUGCCUCUUCCCCGACCUCACGGCCAAGCACCUCUGACUCGUCCAGAAGAGCAAAUGUGGGCAUACGACAUCGCAUAUUUACUUCGUUUGGCGAUUCCUCGCGUCGUCAUCAUCAUCAUCAUAAUUAACAACCAUCAUCAUCACCAUCAUCAUCAUCAACAGCAGCAGCAGCAGUACAACAAAAGCAGCAUCCUCGAUGAUACAUCGCUGUCGAGUGCGUUGAUCUUGCAAAACCAAACAUACCCU